GAUAAGCUUUUAGUGCGAGGUUCGGAGCCGCUUAAGUUAGGAGAGACCAUAUUAUUACAUGUUCUCCAUUGCUUUUUUAGGAGGUAGUCAGGGAGGCUCGGGCUUUGCGGCCAUGCCUAAACGUGGUACGAUGUUGGAGGACGUGGUUCAACAGCCACCGGAGCACCUUUCCAUCGAUGAAAUUUCGAGCCCAUUUAGUGCUCAAAUUUUUGACUUAUGCGACCUUGAACUUUUCCCUGAGACCCUGCAAAAUUCAGAGGCCACUUCUAGCUCAAACUGUUGCUAUGAAGAGAACUCCUCCUAUGCCACAAAUCUUUCCUUGCUUCCAGAUAAGUUCAAUGGCUACCAAGAUAACAAUGGCAUUAAUCCUAACAAAACCUGCAACCCUGCCCACCAAACAACCAGCACAAGCACCAGCACCACCGCUAACACAAUCACCAUCAACAAUAGUAGCAAUCUGUCAGUGAUCUUUGAUUCCCAAGAUGAGAUUGAUAAUGACAUCUCUGCUUCCAUAGACUUUUCCCCAUCCCCGCCCUUCUCUGUUCCACCAUAUCUCACAAUUCAACAAGACCAUUUUGAUUUCUCUUCAAUGCAGCCUCAAAUUGCUUUAUCAGAUGCUGCUGUUGAGGGGCUCUCUCAUUACCCUGCUGACACAGUUUCUCCUCUUAUGGGGGGUCCUUUACCGGCUGUUUUCAAAGAGGAUUGCUUGUCUUCAGCGCCAUCUUAUUUGCCUUUGCAUCCUUUAUCUCCUUCUUGUUCUUUUCUUGGCCCUGCCUUGGGAACAUACAUGCCUGCUGGGUCCAUGAACGCAUCUGCAUUAUCUGCUGACAGCUCUGGGAUUUUCGCUGGAAGCAUUCUUAUGGGUUCUGAACUGCAUCCACAAGAAUUGGACUAUCAGGGAGACAAUGGUGGAAUUUACUGUCCAGAUUCUGUGCAGAGGGUUUUCAACCCUGGUGACCUUCAGGCACUGAAUACUGAGAGUCAGCAACUGAUGGGUAAAGCUGGGAAUUCUACUCCAUUAGCAUCAGAUAUUUCAAGUCUGGAAGAUUCAACUUUCAAAGUAGGAAAACUCUCUGUGGAGCAAAGGAAAGAGAAGAUCCAUAGGUACAUGAAGAAGAGGAAUGAGAGGAACUUCAGCAAGAAAAUAAAGUAUGCCUGCCGCAAAACACUAGCAGACAGCCGACCUCGAGUCAGAGGAAGAUUUGCAAAGAAUGAUGACUUUGGAGAGGUCCCUAGGCCUGCUUGUAGCAAUCAUGAAGAAGAUGAUGAUGAUGAAGUAGUUGUGAAAGAAGAAGAGGAUCUGGUUGAUUCAUCAGAUAUCUUUUCUCACAUUAGUGGAGUGAACUCCUUUAAAUGCAACUUUCCAAUCCAAUCCUGGAUUUGACCUCUAGUUUUUUCCUCAUCAAACAUUAUUACAAUUUUGCAGGACCCUGUUUCAGCCGGGAUGCAUCAGUCCAGGCUAAAAGAAAACAAAAAGAAUAAUUGGGUCAUUAUAUCAUGUAUAGCUAAUUGAGUCAGGAUUAUAUAGCAAGUAAAUAACAAUGUACUUCUUGUAGAUGCUACGUUUCUUGUAUCAACUUCAAAAUCCAACAGUUUUACAAUCCCAUGUGGAAAAACUUUUGCUGGAAAUAGUGUACUA